GGGCGGAGUUUGAGUUCUACUGCUGCUGCUGCUGCUGCUGCUGCUGCACACUGUCACCACUGGUUACUGGGUGGAGCACUGUUAUUAACUGUGGUGGAGGAGAAAGAGAGAGAGAGAGAGAGAGAGAGAGAGAGAGAGAGAGAUAAAUAUAACACAGAAACAGACAAAGCGACAGACUCAGUCCGAGCUCUGAUUGGUCAGAUGUCACUCACGUAUCUUCCAGACACCGGACUGACUUUCGUUGUUCCUCCUUGUACCUGCGGCUGCCACGUGAUGUCGCUGUAGUUCUGGUGAAGCAGAGAUGAAUGAAGCAGCUGUGCUCCCCUUCAUCCAGGCAGGAGACGGAAGGACCCUGUCCAGAGCUGAGUUCCUGUCACUGCUCAACACCUACAACUGUUUCCUGAAGGACCAGACUCAGCUCCACCUCAGCUUCUCUCAGGCGGCGGACGGAGAAGUGGUGGUGGAAGGUAUCCUGAAUAUCUGCUGGGGGGUGAGGAGACCAAUCAGGCUGAAGAUACAGGACGACAAGCAGAUGCCCAGCAGUCCAGUCAGUCCAGUGGGGAAUAAGAGAGGAAUGACUCGGUGGGGAGAAUAUUCUGACCUUCAUCAGAUCGAUGAGAUGUCAGAGACGGUCCAGGAAACCGUGGUCACGGAGCCGACACCAGAGCCUGUUGUGUACGAGAGCAGCACCCUGCGUCCAGUGAGGCCGAAGAACCAGGAGCUGGAGGACGAGUCCAAUCUGUUCCGCUGCAUGAGUGACGCAUCGUUGGUCAAGAGGAGACGAGGACGAGGGAAGACGGCCGCACAGAGAGAGAGCGAACGGCAGCACCGCUUUUCUAUCAAUGGACAUUUCUACAACUACAAGACGUCGAUCUUCACUCCUUCCUUCGGAACUCCGACUAAAGUUCGUAUCUCCAGCAGCAUGACGACAGACCAGGUGAUCCAGGAGCUCCUGAACAAGUUCAAGAUAGAGAACGACCCACAGGAGUUCGCUCUGUACUGUCUUCACCAGAGUGGAGAGAAGAAGAAGCUCAGUAACAGAGAGCAGCCGCUGUGGGAGCGAAUCCUGCAGGGACCGUCUGAUGACAUCAUGAAGAUCUUCCUGAUGGACGUGGAUGAACGGGAGGUCAGCAACGAUGUGGCGCAGUAUCUGAACCUUGAGCUUCCCAUCCUGGAGCACAUUCUCCUGAAACUGAGAGAAGAAGAACACAGAGAGAUACAGAGGGUCAUAGAGAAGUACCACAGACAGCACAGACUUUUGUCCCGUAUGUUGAGCGGUAAGACGUCGCCUCAUGUUGAGACCAGCGUCUGAUUCACCGUCAUGUGACCAAAUGUUCUGCUGUUAAAGAUGAUGUCACUUCCUUUGGACAUGGAGUGAAUCCAAACUGGUCCUGCUCCUCUUCAUCACCUACAGCUUUUUUUCUUUUAUGUUUUAGUCACAAAAUGAGGAUUUUUUUAAAACUUUGCAAACAUGAAAAAAAAAGUGUAAAUUAUUGUAAAUAAAUAUUGUUUGGGACCAAAA